GCCAGGGUUAAACGGGCGUCCCAUUCGUAUCCGAAACGUCGCAAAAUAUCGGUUCUUUUUGUGAAUUGUAGAAGAAAGUGAGUUUCCUAUAGGGAGUUGAAUGAAAUUCACCUUAGUGCCGGACAAUGAAAUUGACGACAUCGACACAGUUUGUAACUCUCCUGGCGUUCAGUUGCUAUACGAGAUUAGCGACCUGCUUCCGACUAACGCCCAACCAACCUGGAAACGACAUCCAAGAUUCGACGUAUUUGGAUGCUAAUUCUUACAAAGACGCUCCUUAUUCGAAACGAUUAAAGGACGAAGGUAUUGAUGAUACAAUUAGAGCGUUGAGUACACUUCUAGUGCUACCGUGGCCUAAUGGACAGAGUCCCAUUAUGUACAUCGAAACUCCCAAGACUCCGCCGUACUUUAUCAAUGAAGCGAAUGAUGAUGUUGAAGAAGAAGAAGAAUCGAUUGGCGACAAUGAAAUAGGUCCUGUUCCAUCCAAGAGAAUGAGAUACUACAGGAAGUACCCGUGGAAGAGAGAAAAUUCUGGAUUCGUUCCUAGAGGCAAGAGCGAAUUUGACAUUUGCCAGACGCAAGCUUGUAGAUACAAUCCGGAGAAUCCGUUCAUCUGCUACCCGUCGAAAUAUGAAAUUCACAAUCUGAUAAUGGCCCUGCAUAAUACUCGUUAUUCGGGUUACAAGAGCCCUUCGGUGGAUUUUUGCAAUAGAAAACGACCUGCACACACGAUUCUGACUAACAUGCAUUUCAGUGGGAGAUAAAUCCUUAUUCGUCUUUGUAAUUGUUAAGAAAAUGUAGGUAUCAAUAAAUCAAUUGCCCAAGAUACAUAUAGGCACUUGCAACAUGUGAUGCAUAUUUAUUUCAGUAUUAUUAGAACUAUUUAACUGAAUGAUUAAUAACAGAAUAAUUUCGUUUUUAAUUGAGUUUAAC